CUGGGGGGAAAACAGUCCAGGGAUCUUAGUGCAUGAUCCAAGUGACUGUUUACCUCUUCGUCGCGACCAGUUGACGGCAAUAAACGAGAGAAACGUGACGAGCAGACGGCAGUGAAAACGCGGCUCGACCCGUUUGUCAUUAACUUUAAAUAACCCAAAGUAUUCCUGUAAUGCUUUUAAACAUGAAAUGAAAGGUAGCAUUAUUUGAGCUAUACCUCGUGGUGUGUCAAAAUUAUUGUAUUAUGGGAGGCAGCAGAAAAGAACGAAAAGAAGAAAGAAAAGUCAAGCGAGCACGGGUGGAAGAAGAUUAUUAUGAAGUGGAGGAUGAUGACGAUAUUGUUGAUUCAGGAGAAGUCACCAAAGAGGUGCCAUUAGCAGCACUUCAGAACUGUGAGAAAGGAGAUGAAGUGGCCAAAACAGAUGAGUUUGGAGCACAAGAUUACAGGAAAAUCUUGGAGUUAAAAUUGGACCAUGGUUCAAGACCUCUGUGGGUUGCACCCAAUGGCCACAUUUUUUUGGAAUCUUUUUCUCCAGUCUACAAGCAUGCUCAUGACUUUCUGAUUGCCAUUGCUGAGCCUGUUUGCCGACCAGAACAUAUUCAUGAGUAUAAGCUGACAGCAUACUCCUUAUAUGCUGCUGUAUCUGUGGGACUUCAGACCAAUGAUAUCAUUGAAUACUUGAGACGGCUGAGCAAGACUUCACUCCAUGAAGGCAUAAUUGAGUUUAUAAAGCUUUGUACUCUUAGCUAUGGAAAAGUGAAGCUGGUACUGAAACAUAACCGCUAUUUUGUGGAGAGUCAAUUUCCAGAAGUGCUGCAGAAACUUCUUAAAGAUCCAGCUAUCAUGUCCAGUCGCAAGCGCCAGGAAGAUGAGGAAGCUGGCGAUAGCUUUAUACCUGGAGAGCUGUCAAGUAAAUCAGCUUUACAGCUGAAGAAGACAACAAAUACAAAGGUGGAGGACCCACAGCCAGGCACAUCAGCAGAUAUUCAGCAGACAGAUGGAGACAAAAAGGAAGAAGUUCCCGAUGACAUUUUCAUGUUUUAUGAAAAGAUGGAUCAGGAGGAGGAAGAGGAGGAGGAGGGCCAACUAAAGACAGUAUCAUUUGAGAUCAAGCAGGAGAACGUGGAAGAUGUUCAGAAAAAAUGCAUUGAACUUGAGUACCCACUUCUGGCAGAGUAUGACUUUAGGAAUGACACUGUCAAUCCAGAUAUUAACAUUGAUUUGAAGCCAUCCACAGUGUUAAGGCCUUACCAGGAGAAGAGUUUGAGGAAAAUGUUUGGCAAUGGGAGAGCUAGGUCUGGUGUCAUUGUACUUCCCUGUGGAGCUGGCAAGACUUUAGUGGGUGUUACAGCAGCCUGUACUGUUCGCAAGAGAUGCCUGUGUCUGGCCACCUCAGGUGUUGCUGUGGAACAGUGGCGCUCUCAGUUCAAAAUGUGGUCUACAAUUGAUGACAGUCUCAUUUGCCGCUUUACAUCAGAUGCCAAAGACAAGCCAAUGGGUUGUGCUGUGUGCAUCAGCACAUACUCAAUGCUGGCGCAUACCACUAAACGCUCCUAUGAAGCAGAGAAGAUGAUGGAGUGGCUACAGAACCAGGAAUGGGGGCUGAUGGUGCUAGAUGAGGUACAGACGAUCCCUGCUAAAAUGUUUCGACGAGUGUUAACUAUUGUAAAUGCUCACUGCAAGCUGGGGCUGACUGCUACACUAGUGCGAGAAGAUGACAAAAUUGCAGAUCUGAACUUCCUAAUUGGCCCCAAGCUAUAUGAGGCCAACUGGAUGGAGCUUCAGAACUUGGGUUUUAUUGCACGUGUUCAGUGUGCAGAGGUAUGGUGCCCAAUGACCCCAGAAUUCUACAGAGAGUAUUUGAGUACAAAGUCACAAAAAAAAUUGUUGCUGUAUGGCAUGAACCCAAACAAGUUCCGAGCAUGCCAGUUCCUGAUUCGCUAUCACGAGAGGAGAAAUGAUAAAAUUAUUGUUUUCUCAGACAAUGUCUUUGCCCUUCAACAUUAUGCUGUCACGCUAAACAAACCCUACCUGUAUGGUCCUACUAGUCAGGGAGAGCGGCUUCAGAUCCUACAGAACUUUCAGCAUAAUCCUAAGGUCAACACAAUCUUUGUCUCCAAGGUGGCUGACACAUCAUUUGAUUUGCCAGAAGCCAAUGUGCUUAUCCAAAUAUCAGCUCAUGGUGGGUCUCGUCGGCAGGAGGCCCAGCGCCUGGGUAGAAUUCUGCGAGCCAAGAAAGGCUCAGCAGCUGAAGAAUACAAUGCCUACUUCUAUUCACUGGUAUCACAAGACACAAUGGAGAUGGCCUACUCACUGAAGCGUCAGCGAUUUCUGGUCAACCAGGGCUACAGCUACAAGGUCAUCACAAGGCUAGAUGGCUUAGAUGAGGAGGACCUGCUGUACCGAACCAAGGAGGAACAAAUGCAGCUUCUGCAGAAGGUCCUUGCUGCCACUGAUAAAGAUGCAGAGGAGGAAAGGGUGAUUGGCGAGGGUGGCCGAGUCAUAGUGCAGCGGAAAGUGGGAAAUAUGAGUUCUAUGUCGGGGGCUGAUGACACUAUCUAUAUGGAAUACAACAAGAGAAAGGCUGUCCAUCCACUCUUCAAGAAGUUCAAGAAGCAUUGAGUUUGCUACCUUAUAGAUGUUCAGAUCUUCAGCAUGUGUGUGUGUAUAUAUGAGUGGGAAUGUGUAUGGAAGUGUUCAUAUAAACUGACAUUCAUGUAUGUAUGAGGAUGUGUACAAUGCGUAAGUUCAUGUAUCAGUAUUGACUUUGAUAUAUUUUUAUGAGUUAUUGGGUUCAUUGCUUUACAUGCUUGGUGAAUGUUACAUAAUGCAAAACAAUAAACAUCUUCAGGAAGA